AUGGCAGCAUCCGGAUCCAACACAUGCGUUCUCGAGCUCUCGGAUUACUCCGAAGUUCACGCCUCAGCAGCUCCGGCCCAGGACCGAAAGAGCCCGGCUUCACGCUCCCUAGCGAGCCGGCCACGGACACCAGAUGAGGUAGAGUCUGGGGGAAGCGAGCCCAACGGUGGAAAUGUUGCCAUGGUCGUAGAGAAAUGGAAUUCGCCCCAAAUCAACGCAUAUCGUGUGCCUGCUACCUUUUGGAGCUUGCUUGUCAUGGGAGCGAACGAUGCUGCCUACGGUGCUCUCAUUCCCUAUCUCGAGAAAUACUAUGGCCUAAACUACACUAUCGUAUCCCUCGUGUUCCUCUCCCCGUUUGUCGGUUAUGUCGCCUCCGCUAUUCUCAACAACUAUCUCCACCUCACCAUAGGCCAACGCGGCAUCGGCAUCAUUUGCGGAACUUGUCACACCCUUGCCUACAUCAUCAUCUGCCUGCACCCCCUUAUGCCGUCCUCGUCGUCGCUUUUAUCCUUGCCGGCUUCGGAAACGGGAUCGCUCGGGCUCGCCGUCAUCGAACUUGUUGUAUUGACCUGGGCCUUCUGGGAUUGCAAUGCCGAAACAUACCGCAGGCUGUACCAUGGUGAACACGGAACCGAGAACAAGACGGGCCUGAAGGAUGCCCUGCUCAAGAUGCCCGCCGCCCGCGUCUCCUGGCUUUGCGCCGCCUUCCUGCUCGUAUACGUGGGUGUCGAGGUCGCUCUCGGUGGCUGGAUUGUAACGUUCAUGAUUCAAGUCCGCAACGGACAGGCAUUUGCCAGCGGUAUGACAGCCACAGGUUUCUGGCUAGGCAUCACCGUCGGCCGUGCGAUCUUGGGAUUCGUGACGCCCCUCUUCGGGGUCAAGCUGGCCAUGACGAUCUAUAUCGCCAUUACCAUGGGAUUAGAGCUUCUCUUCUGGCUUGUCCCCAACUUUUAUGUCUCUGCCGUUGCCGUCUCCUUCCAGGGCUUCUUCCUCGGCCCUUUAUUUCCGGGCGUCGUCCUCGUUGCGAGCGCCAUUCUUCCUCGUCACCUGCACGUUGUUGUCAUCGGAUUCGCUGCUGCGUUUGGCGGAUGCGGCGCCGCGGUGCUCCCGUUUGCCGUCGGCGCCAUUGCGCAAGUAAAGGGCGUGCAGGUGCUGCAGCCCAUAAUCUUGGCUUUGUUGACCGUUCUCCUGAUUCUGUGGUUGUGUUUACCUCGUAUCAACAAGAAGCGAGAGUAA